GCCGCCGCCGCCGCCGACGCCGCCGCCGCCGCCGCCACCGCUGCCACUGCUGCUGCUGCAGCCGAAGCAUCCGGGAGCCGCCGCCGCUGCCGCCGCUACCGCCUCUAGCGCCGCUUCCACCUCUAGCACAGCUUCCACCUCCACUCCCAGGACCCCGAGACACCCCUAGCGCGAGCGGCGGCUGCUGCUUGCUUGCUCCCCCUCUUCCCCGCCUCUCCCUUCCGUGACCUACCCACUCCUUGCAACCCUCGUCCGCCCCUUCUCCGACACCCCGGCAUCCCUGCACCACCUGCUCGGACAGCCCCGGCGGGUGCUGGGACUUGCUGCGCGCGCGGAGAGGAAGGCAAGCUCCGAACCCGUGCCUGGCAGACGGACUGUCGCGGCUGCACCACCAUCAGGAGGAGGAGGAGAAGAAACUAUUUUGCCCACCGAAACCCCAUUCUGCGGGUGCUUCGCCGUUGCCGCUUCUGCUGCUGCUGAUCAGCGUCCGCGGGUUCGAACACCGCAGCGGCGAGGACCCUGGGUCCAGAGGGCUCCGCGAGGAAGACACCGGCGGAGCCCCGCACUCUGGUGCUCCGCUCACCAGCAUCUCUUUGCCCCCCUCGUUCCAUUCCAAACCCUCCACAGAAGGGACCAUGAUUUGGAAACGCAGCGCCGUUCUCCGCUUUUACAGUGUCUGCGGGCUCCUGCUACAAGCGGCUGCUUCAAAGAAUAAAGUUAAAGGCAGCCAAGGACAGUUUCCUCUCACACAGAACGUAACAGUUGUUGAAGGUGGAACUGCAAUUUUGACCUGCAGGGUUGAUCAAAAUGAUAACACCUCCCUCCAGUGGUCAAAUCCAGCUCAACAGACUCUGUACUUUGAUGACAAGAAAGCUUUAAGGGACAAUAGGAUCGAGCUGGUUCGGGCUUCCUGGCAUGAACUGAGUAUCAGCGUCAGUGAUGUCUCUCUCUCUGAUGAAGGACAGUACACCUGUUCUUUAUUUACAAUGCCUGUCAAAACUUCCAAGGCCUAUCUCACUGUUCUGGGUGUUCCUGAGAAGCCUCAAAUUAGCGGAUUUUCAUCCCCAGUUAUGGAGGGAGACUUGAUGCAGCUGACUUGUAAAACAUCUGGUAGUAAACCUGCAGCUGAUAUAAGAUGGUUCAAAAAUGACAAAGAGAUUAAAGAUGUAAAAUAUUUAAAGGAAGAAGAUGCAAAUCGCAAGACUUUCACGGUCAGCAGCACACUGGACUUCCGAGUGGACCGAAGCGACGAUGGCGUGGCGGUCAUCUGCAGAGUAGACCAUGAAUCUCUCAAUGCCACCCCUCAGGUGGCCAUGCAGGUGCUAGAAAUACACUAUACACCAUCAGUUAAGAUUAUACCAUCCACUCCUUUUCCACAAGAAGGACAGCCUUUAAUUUUGACUUGUGAAUCCAAAGGAAAACCACUGCCAGAACCUGUUUUGUGGACAAAGGAUGGCGGAGAAUUACCAGAUCCUGACCGAAUGGUUGUGAGUGGUAGGGAGCUAAACAUUCUUUUCCUCAACAAAACGGAUAAUGGUACAUAUCGAUGUGAAGCCACAAAUACCAUUGGCCAAAGCAGUGCAGAGUAUGUUCUCAUUGUACAUGAUGUUCCCAACACUUUGCUUCCCACUACUAUCAUCCCCUCCCUUACCACUGCAACAGUCACAACCACUGUAGCCAUAACAGCCAACCAAACCACAUCUGCAACAUCCAGCAACAUACGAGAUCCCAAUGCUCUGGCUGGCCAGACUGGCCCUGAUCAUGCUCUUAUAGGAGGAAUUGUGGCUGUAGUUGUAUUUGUCACUCUGUGUUCUAUAUUUUUGCUUGGACGGUAUCUGGCAAGACAUAAAGGAACAUAUUUAACAAAUGAAGCUAAAGGAGCUGAAGAUGCACCAGAUGCUGACACAGCCAUUAUCAAUGCUGAGGGCAGCCAAGUCAAUGCUGAAGAGAAAAAAGAAUAUUUCAUUUAAGAUGCAGGCCAAGAUUCUGAAUUUUACUUACCACACUGGCUGCUGGAGAAAACUGGCUAUCAUCUUUCAGAAUUCAUUUCUAUCAUCUUCGGCUACCUUUAUUAACUUCCAUACCGUACUGCUAUCAGUAGCCAGUGUAUACCAACAAUCAGCUGUCGAAAGCAUCAUUCUUUAAUUACUGUACCAUCCAUAAUGCAGGACAUUUCUUACUGCCUAAAUUCCACACCAUUGCUCUUUUAACAUACAGUGCUUGAAUAUACAGCCUUAACAAUGUUAAUCAUCUCCUUGGAUCAUGAUAUUGAAUUGUUUUUACACAUUGAAAAAAAUGUAUGCAGAGGUUUUUUUCCCCUCAUUUUUUGUCCCCUUUAAAUCAAAGACCUUGUCAGUUUACCAUUGGACAGCUUUCACAAGUAACAAGAUUAGGUAAAGACCUAAUGUGCUUAAGUUCAAUCAGAUGUUAGAGGUUUACGAUGUUUUCUACAUGUCUAUAUUCAAAGACAUGUUUUGGAAACAUAUGCCCUAAAAGACAAAAACUGAAAAAGACUACUGUAGUAUAGAUUCUGGAAUGUUUGAGAUUGUACUGGUAAAGCUGUAUCAAUUCACUAUUUAAAAAUUUAGUAUUUGAUACAGGAGCCAUGUAUAUGGAUUGCAAUCAGGACAUGCUAUCUUAUAUAAUUAUAUAGAUCUUACCAUUAGGUUAUUUUAGCUUCAUAUACCAAUAAAUUGUUACAAACAUUUUACUGUUUUGGGAAUCACAAAACUUUCAUUCAUUUCUCUAAUUUGAUUCUGUAAUUUAUUUGUUCCACAAAGACUCACCUGCCUAAACAAAAUUGAAAUAUCCAUAGGGCACAAUUUUGAGACAUUUUAGUAUCUGUAUAUAGUGCAUAUAAUAAAUCCAAUUAAACAUUAUUUGAUACAUAUUUAACUUUUUUGGCUGUAGGUAAUUCAGUCAUGAGUAAGCAUUUUCUAAUGUCCAUUAUAUCUCUUUAGAUAUUACUUAAACCAAUAUAAUAAGUAGGUAACAUGUAUUAGUAUUUUUGUCUGUAUGUCCUAGCACUGUUCAACAACAAAUUUUUCUAGUUCUUGUUAAUUUUUAUUUGUUAUACAAUGGAAGCACAAUGUUAUAAGGAAAGGUAAUUUUAAGCUAACAACCAGUGCACAGCCUCAGGUUUUAAAUUACAACCACAGUUGAAUAAUAAUCUAAAAAUAAACUCUUAGUUUGCUAAAAAUUUUCAAAUUUUAAUUUGGCAGUUCCAGAGCUGCUUACCUAUGUUGGUUUGCCAAAAAGAAGUGUUUAAGAUAUGUUUUCUGUAUAAAUGAACUAAUUCUUUAUAUUAAAUUCCUGUCUAUGCAUUUUGUGAGGUACAAACUUAUGAAACAGUGAGUGAUAGAGAAUUUCUGCCAUGCUUUUAACUCCAAGGUGAAAGUCUCUUUCUCUGGAUUAUUUCUGAAAUUUUGGUGUAUUUAACCAUUUAGAAAUGCUGUAUUCUUAAAUAUGACACAGAGUCAAUCUAAAGUCAUAUUAUUUCUCCUAGUAAAAUACGAUACUACUAGAUUAGUGCUCAUUAGACUUACUAUAUGCUAAAGAUUAAAAAUCCAGUUAGAUAAAAAUUAUUUUCCCAUUAACAAGCACUGCACCUUUAAGAAGAACACACAUAUGACGAUAUGGUAGCUAUACUUGCGACGUCUGAAAGCAUGAUGGCCUCUGGUUUUAAAAAUAUUAUUUUGGAAUUUAUUUUUGGGAAAUGAGAAUGGUUGAGUAUGACAUCAUGUAUUAAUAUCAAAUGAAAGACAAGGGUGCUGUAUCUUAGAUUAUUUAUCAGAAAAGUAUAAAUCUUUUAAGGACAACGUUAGAAUUUUUAAUUUUUUUGAUCAUUGAAGCAUAUAUCUUGUUGAUUUCUUACAAGAGAAAAAGGACGAUGUCAGUCAAGCAGCACUUUUUCAGAAUAUACAGAACAUAAAUAAUAUGAUGUUGUUGAGUGUUAACAUAAUAAAUCAUAUACAGUAUGACAUUUUAAGGAAAUAAGUCUGCAUUGAUGUGAUUGCAUGCUUGUUUUUACAGUUCAUUCCAUACCAUCUGUGGAAAAAUGCAAUAAUAUGUUAAUAUAGUAUGGUAGUUUGAGAGAAUCAGGUAGGUGCUACUAGACACAUUGAAACUAGAAUAGGUUUAUAAACUGUUCAUACCUUUCAAUGCAUAAUCUUUAGAAAGAUUCCACAAAGCAAAAUUCAUCCUGUUAUUACAAAAGGGAAAGGUUCUUAUUACAGAAGUAAGUUGUAUAAACUGCAUCAUCAAUUACUAUUUAGAGCCUAAUUUCAGGAUGCAUUUACAAAAUUGCUACUCUUCAUCGAUGUAUUUACAUCCCUCUUCAUUUCAUCUGUAUUCUACUUGGCUCCAACUGCUAAACUGUUGCCUAAAUAACUCAAUCAUUAUUUAUAGCACUGCAAAAUUAGAAAUCCAAAAUUGGUUGCACUUCAAGACUUUUGACUCUUUUAACCCUUUACAGUAGUAUAAAAACUCACUGGAACUCUGUAAAUGAAACUAACUGGUAUAUUAUGAUUUGUGAGCUCUAAUCAAAUAUUUUGACAGUUAAAAUAGAUUUGAAUUACGUAUCAUUUCAGUUACUGAAAGAAAACAGCAGUGGUAUUAUAUUUUCCUAUCUUAAAUUUUUUUUUUUGAUUUUCACCAAAUGAGAUAAAUUGUAAAGAUUCUGUUCAUUUCUAUAAAAAUCAGAAAAAAUAUGAAAUAAAUUUCUAAAUGGACCAUGCGAAUUGCCAUGACUGAAACAUACACACUUAUAUGCCCAGAGAGCCAUAGCCACAGAAUACAAUGGAAGGCGUGUGCACACACAUAAACCCCACUAGUAGAAUAUGGAACAUUAUUCUUUACCAAAAGUAGCUAUUCUCUGCCAGUGUACUGUUUACAGUGUAAAUUGUCCUCCAUCAAAAAAGUGUAAACAGCAUUCUUUUUUUCUUGCUUCCAUUUUUGAGUGUCCUAGAUAGAACGAUUAUCAAAAUUAGGGAGAGAAAGGAAAGUUUGUGAGUGCAAGGGCAAAGAUAGCAUGAGCACAGUAGUGUGUGUGUGUGUGUGUGUGUGUGUGUGUGUGUGUGUGUGAGAGAGAGAGAGAGAGAGAGAGAGAGAGAGACAGAGAGAGAGAGAGAGAGAGAGAAUCCAACUUGUUUUCUUUUACCAGAGAAUCCAAGAAGCAGUUUAAGGAACCUGACAUUGGAGUUUAAUCUAGAAACUGGAUGACCUCAUAUUGAUUCAAGAUACUUAAUCUUGCAUUGAAACCCCACAAUUAAAAUAACAAAUAGAGAAAGAAAACUAACUUUCCUAAAUAUGGCAAAAGAAGCUAACACCUCAUUUAUUUUUAUUUCUUUGUAAAAGUAUAAGUAUCUCAAUUAAAGGGACAGGCUCACUUGUAAUUAUGUACUCAUGAUUGUAACAGCAUUGAGAUUCCAUAUAGGCCCAUGUACAGCAGCUGUUUGACGGUGAUGGUUCUUCCAUGUAACAUAGCAGUUAUCGUGUAAUUUAGUGCCACUUAUUGCAAAGUGUUACCAAGGGGAACAUUUAAAAUACUUUUUCUUUUUCUUUGGAUAUAAGGAUAAUUGAAUGAAUGAUAAAUAUGAAAUUUCAUGUUACAUUUUUUAAUUGUGGAGAAAAUGCAAAACCUCAUAUCUUACUGCAAAUUCCCCAUCACAUUGCUAAUUACUUAGAGCCCUCUAAAAAUGCCCACUAUAAUCCCCCUUUGCAAAUGGUAAUCUGUGAAGAAUAUACAAUACAAAACAAAAAAAAAUUAAAAAAACAACUGGCAACCACAGCAGAAAUAAAUGAAAAACAUAAUGAGAAUUACUGAGUAAUGCUUUUUAUUAAGUGGCACAAAGUACACACUAAAAACUAUGCAAAAUAUAGGUAACUACAGUGUACGUACAUGUAAGUAUCCUGUACUUGCUGUGUAUGGAUGUUGGAAACCCAUGUAAUUAUAAUAUGCAUUUUGAAUAUUGGGAAAGAGGAAAUCUUAGUGUAGAUAGUAGUACUUGUUUUGAAAUAUACACUGGCAAUAUUGAAAUACACUCAGUGCAAUAUCUGCUAUUCUAUUGCUGGAUACUUAAUGCAAAGGGAUUUUUAAAAAUUCUUCAACAAGAUCUAAAAGGUUGCUAAUCUCCACCUCCUGCAUAUUAAAGCAUUAAUUAAAAAUACAAGUGACAUAACACGUUAAGUUUUUCUUAAUCAUUAAUGUGACACAAUAAAAGUAUCUGACCUUGUUUUUAGAGUUACUGGAGAGAAAGAGAUAACCUGAGUUUUCAACUUUGAUGCAUAUCUAAUUGAAUUGAAUUUGGGAUUCUUAAACUUUCUUUGAAAUGUGUGUAUGUUUUAAUGGAUUGUGGUACUUUUAUUACAAGUACAAAUUUAUUCAAUCAAAGAACAUAGGUUACCUUUAAUAGUUAGAGUCACUAUAUCUUAAUGGAAAUUUUUUAUAUAUUUUCUUUUUCUACUCAUUCUUCCCUUUCUCUCUCUAUUUCACCCCAAACAUGCCCUUUGCACUUAUACCCUUCCAAAGGCAAUGGAUUGAAAGUAGCAAGAUUACAAAGAGAGCUAAAGGGGACAACAUGUAAAAAUGGGUUCUAAACUCAUCAGCAUUUUUAUGUAUUCAGAUAUUAAUAUUGAAUGCAAUAGUUAUUGGAUAGAGCUGGUAAAUUUUCUGCCAUGCAUACUUACAAUAAUCCUUCUACCUCUCACUUUUAACAUGGGCUAUGAUACUUCGAAAUAAAUAGAAGAAAUAAUUAUUUACAAGGUAUCCCAGGAAGCACUCUUUUGCAACUAUCGUAACAGUCCUCUCCCCACCCCCUGGAAAAAUCUCAAAAGCCAACUUUACUUUCAGUGUACUCAACGGUGUAUGGAUCUGCAUUUGUUUUUCCUCUUCUGUCAUUAACUUUUCCUAUAAGCAAAAUACAGUAACUUUAUAAGGAUAGUUCCUCACGUGACUAUUUACUAUUUCAGUGUGAUAUAAUUGUGUUGAUUUUAAAAAUAAUUUAAAUGGCAACACUUUGCAGUCCAAGCUGACAUUUCAUUUAAUAUUUAAAAUAAACAAUUUCUUAUAAAUUAAUGCUAUGCUUUUAAGUAAAUAUAUGUGAUUUAUUUUUCCAAGAAGUGUUAUCUAUGUAAGACAAAUAUUUAAGCAUUGAAAAAUGCCUCCUCAUUAACAAAUAAUCCCUGAAUAAUGGAUGCAAAGUAUUGCCACAAAUACCCACUUUAUUUUGGCUACAUAGACAUAAUAUGAAUUCUUCAAAUGAUGUAAUUUAAUUAUUCUAAAAGGAAAUGACAUUUUGAAAGCAGAUUUUCCUUUAGGAAAAAAGGAUACAAAAAUUAUCUCAAAUUAUGAUGCUGAAUCUAUAAAAUAUGCUUAAAGUAAAAUAUAUCUAUGUUAUGUGGUUAUGUUACAAAUAAUAUUUGGUGUAAUCUUUACCAUCUUUUCCAUAUAUAUAUAUAUAUAAAUGUAUGGUUAUUUUGGAGAGAAUGGGCCCAAAUGUGAAAAAGAUGUAAAGAGAAAUCACUAUUUUCCCCUAUGAAAUGUACUGUAUAUUUCAAAAGAAGAAACUUAAAAGAUAUUUGUAGAUUGCAGGGGCAAAAGAGAAACCUACCAGGGCUCAGCACUUAAGCACUUUUCCCACAUCCAGGGUCAGAAGAGCGGUGAUUCCUACACGGACUUUUAAGUGCAGUAUGAAAUGCCACAUUACACUUCUCUUACACACAGUACUGUCAAACCUCAAAUGUUUUCUUUCUUCAGAUGCUUCUCCUUUUACAUGAUACUAGUAGACACUUUUCUCUUUAUACUUGCUGAUAGUGAAAGUUAUAUGCAAUAAAAUAUGUGAUGGUUGAAAGCAGUGGUCACCAGUUGGUUAAAAAAAAAAAACUGUGAAAUGUAAACUGAAUUGUUAUCUCUUUAUCCUUUUUGCUUUUCUUUGUGUUUCUAACGUAUUGAUUGAGUCUCAUAAAUAGAAAGGAAAAUAAUUUAGAAAAAUUUCAAAACUAGUACUCUUUCUCCUUACAAAUGUAUGAAAUUAAUCUCUUUACAUAUUUAUUUAACUGUACCUGCUAUACUUAUUGUAGAUUCAAUGAUGCAGUUAAGUAGUAACCCAAGGAUUUAUGAGUUUGGAUUACUGACCUAUUUUCUUCAUAUUCAGUUCACAUCAAUAUUUGCAAAUUGGUUGUUUAGCUUUUUAUUCAACCAAAAAAUAUUCCCUCAAGAAAGCUCCAUUUUUAUCAUAAAUAUUUCAACAUAACCAACAUCAGAACAAGUCUGCCAUGUUAAAAAGAAUUUAAAGACUUAUCUCUGAAAAUGGUACCCACAAAUGCAGGUGUUCCCAGUAAUGUAGCUUCAAAAAUAAAAUGUUCUAUUCAUAUGACAUGAAAUUCAUAACUUUUGGAAGGGUAUAUUUAUGACAGCAUAACAAUAAAUUCUGUGCUGAAAAGAAGAUGCACCAAAAUCACACAUACUGCACAGAAGAUAAACACAAUUAUUGAAUCUACUGUUAUCAUUAACAUUUUCAAAAACCAAAAUGCAUAUUGUAAUAGGUACAUGACACUUGCAUGUUGAUUUGCCUAUAUACUUACAAAGUAUUCAAUGUGUACUUAGUGGCGCUUAAAAUAUGUCAUGUACAACUCAUAAACAUUCUUACAGGGUUCCCAUUUGCACUUCAUCUUUCAGUAAAGUCUUGUCAGAAAAAAAUUGUCUGAUACAUAUGGGAAAAUAAAAUUUGAAUUUUAGUUAUCUGUUGGACAUUACUGAAUUGUCUAUUCAUUUAGUUCAUUUUCUUAGGGUUGUUAACAGACAUUGAAAGGUGGAAUUUCUUUUAUCCCACUGACAGAUUAUGAAAGAUGUUACAAAACAUAUUCCUUUAUGCCAAACAUUAUUUUGCAUAUCUUUUUUCAACUGCAUACAUUAUCCAUUCAUUUUAGAUUUCCUCAGUGAUGCCCAUUUUCUUUGUAAGUUUCUAAAUGGAAGUUUUAAAAAUUAAUCAGUAAUAAAAUGUUAUUUUAUUUGUAGAACAUUUAAUCAUUGCUCCUUGGAAUAUAUGAACCUUGUAAUACGCUAAAUAAGGGUUAAAAACAAAUGUUGCUGACUUAAGGAAAUUUGCUUGAGAUUGCCAAAAUUCCAAAACUCUGUAAAGUGAUUUUACAAUCACUUCUGUGUGUUUAUUAAUGUUGACUAGGAACAGAAGCAAAAAUACCUAAACCUUUUUUUUUUAAUUUUCACACUCUAACCAGUAUUAUAUAUUUCAACUACCUAAGAUAAUGCAAUUAAUAAUAUAUCCAUCCUAAGCUUAUGCCAAUAAGAAUUUGAGAUAAGCUUUUAAAUUUAUGGAGGAUUUUCUUUGUGUCUUUGGAAGUUCACUUACCAUAAGGUAUUUUAUAGUCUACUUUAAAUAACAGAUUUUGUUAUACAGGGUAAGCCAAAGGCUGUACAAGAAUUAGUGUUUGGGUCUGAUAUUUGUGUUAGACCAUGAAAUAUUCCAUUAAAAUUUACCUGUAAAUACAAGGCGA